AUGCCCAUUUUCCAGAAUGAUGACGACAAUCGAGCUUUGUUGUUAAAUGACAUCGGGUGGUACAAGGGUAUCCGAUAUGAGAACACAAAAGACAUGGCAGACCUUGAGGAAGCGAUUCGGAUUCUCAAAGAAUCAUUUAGCUUGAUCUCACCUGACCAUCCACUCUCGGCUUUUCCAGCAAAUAAUCUGGAGGAUCAGUUUUACAAUCGAUAUGUAAGGCUGAGAGGGCAAGCUCAGCUUGAAGAACUAAUACAAGCGACCCGUGAGGCACUUGAUAGGACACCAAAGGACCACAAAAACCAAGCAUCGCUUCGGGGAAACUUGGGGGCUUACCUCCUCUAUCGCUAUUACGAGAGUGAAUCGAUCUCAGACCUUGAAGAGGGAAUCAGGUAUCUCAAGGAAGCCGUCUUGAUACCAAUAGAUGACAAUCCAGAUAAAGCAGUCGUGCCACAUAUGCUUGGGGUUGAGCUUCGAACGAGAUUCGAUACACUGGGGGACGUACAAGAUCUGGAAGAUGCAAUUCGAUAUGGCAGACAAGCAGUAGAGAUGGCGCCAGCUAACGACCCUCGAAGAGUAGAAUACUCAGUCCGCGUCGCGUCUUAUCUUGAGGCAAAGUUCGCCACUGUUGGUGAUACAAGCAGCUUGCAAGAAGCUUUCUCGAUCACCAGAAAGGGAAUGGAAACUGAAGUAAGCAAUCAUAAUGAUCGAGUCGACAUCCUGGAUACAUUUGCGACUUUAGUCGCAUACAAAUUUUCAAGAGUAGGCGGCCCAGUCGAGGAGCUCGAAGAAGGAAUCUCGGCCGCAAGAGAAGCAGUGAACAUGACACCAAGUGAGGAUGUUCACCCAGGCAAUACAAUUAGAUCACUGCUGUUGUUGCUCAACAUCCGAUAUCUCAUGCUCGGGGAAGUAGCGGAUCUGGAAGAAAACAUCGAGAUAACUAGAAGAGCGAUAAACUCAACACCAGAAAACGACCCGGUUAGAGUGGAUCACAUGCAGGAUCUUCAACGAUCUCUCAUGAGGUUGUACGAGGCUCAAGGAUCAAAAGAUGAUCUGGAUGCAUCCAUACAAGUUGCCAGGCAAGGGGUGGAGGUAGUCCCAGAAGACCACCCCGGCCGAGCGAAAAUUUUCUAUACUUUCGGCAUGGCCUUGUCCAUGCGACACACGAUUGAUGGAGAUAUGCAUGAUCUCAAGGAAGCCAUUGAUGCAUUUCAAAUGGCCCUCCGCCAGUCAAACGCGCCUGCCUUCGACCGCAUCAGGGCUGGCAGGUUAAUUAUGUACAAUAGCCCAUAUCCCCCCCAAGCUUACCGUGCGGCACUUCUUACUAUCAGCAUGAUCCCAAAACUCAUUCAACGGACUCCUGAUACCGCUGAUAAGCUGCAUAUCCUCGCCUCGGUGGUCGGUGCUGCCUCGGAAGCAGCUGCCGCUGCGUUAGAGGCUGGCAUAGAACCUAGGUUCGCGUUGGGACUUCUCGAGCAAGGUCGCCAUGUGCUACAAAGCUCUCCAGGGGAGACGAUGACUGGCAUUAUAGACCUGAGAGAAGAGGAUCCAGAGUUAGAACGAAAAUAUUUCGAGCUAUUGAACGCAUUGGACAAGCCAAUAGAUGCCGAUCAUGUCUUCAAAGAGAUGGAGACAGAUGAUGAUGCGUUCAACAAGUACUAUGAUUUCCUUGCCAACAUGCGCAAGAUUCCCGGAUUGGAGAAUCUAUUUGUCUGGUCGGACGACAAAUCAGUUCGUUCUGUUGCGAAGCGAGGCCCAAUCGUAGUCAUUAAUGUAACAUACUAUCGCUGCGAUGCUUUCAUCGUCACGGAGCAUGAAACUAGAUGUCUGAAUCUAGGUGGUAUUACAGGCGAAGACAUUGAAGACAGGGCGGAAGAGGGAAACUUGGCAAGCACUGAGGUCCUGGAGUGGCUAUGGGACGAGAUUGCCCAACCGGUUCUCAACGAUCUAGGAUUCACGGAGUCUCCUUCUGACGACGAAAGUUGGCCUCGCAUUUGGUGGAUUCCGACAGGGCUUUUGAGCCGGUUUCCACUCCACGCAGCAGGAUAUCAUACCGACUUUUCCGGAAGAACUGUGUUGGACAGGGUAGUAUCGUCAUAUGCGAGUUCUAUCAAAUCUAUACUGCACCAUAAACAGGGGCCUGGCCCGCUGCCAGCGUCACCUCGGGCGCUGCUAGUGGCCAUGGAGAACACACCAGAACACGGCAACCUUCGGUUCACCACCCAGGAAAUAGAGGCUGUAAAUCAAGUUUGCCAGUCGAUGAAUAUCGAUAUCAUUGAAUCGGGGCGGCAAAAGCAAGAUCUUGUCCAACAUUUGCCAAAGUGCAGUAUCUUCCACUUUGCUGGUCACGGCUCGACGGACGGAAAUGAUCCAUCCAACAGCCGCUUACUAUUGGAUGACUGGAGGAAGGAUCCGCUGAAGGUUGCUGAUCUUUUGGAUAUGAAGCUUCACGAGCUCUCUCCGUUUCUGGCCUAUCUCUCAGCUUGUGGAACCGGACGGGUGAAGCACGAAGGGUUUGUGGACGAGGGUGUGCACUUAAUGAGUGCGUUUCAAUUAGCUGGGUUUAGGCAUGUUAUUGGCACAUUGUGGGAGGUGAAUGAUGAAGACUGCGUACAUAUGGCCAGGAUUACCUACGAGGGUAUUAGGAAUGGCGGGAUGACGGAUGAAUCAGUGAGUAUGGGAUUGCAUCGAGCAAGUAGGACUCUACGGGACCAAUGGCUUCGCCCGUCAGUUUCUGGCCAGUCCAGCAAUCGGGCGUUAUCGCGGCCAGAUGGUACCCUCGGUUUUGAAUUGGACGUUACAGGUGGUAUGGCCCAUGGCCGGACAAGAGAUACUCAACAGCAGAGAGACAUUUUGCUUGUUGGUGAUGAAGAUUUAGGGUUUUCUCAUUGGGCCCCAUAUGUUCAUUUUGGUGGAUAG